UCCGAAAUGGAUUACAAUGGCAGAUUGUAUGACUUAUAAAUCAUGUGAAUCGACCUUAGACUAGCACAUUGUAUGUAAAUAGUUAUAACCAACUGUUUCAUAUAUGCUAAGAGAGUAAACUAGUAACUAGUUAAGAUGAAUCUCCCGCCUCUGCUUUUCUUGCUUUUAAUUGUGUUCCCCAGUAUUGUUAAACCAAUUAGCAAAGCAGCCGAUGAUCAGGCCUGCCCAGUUCAAAGGUGUAGGCAUGAUGGUCCUGAUAUCAAGUUUCCAUUCCGUCUACAACACUAUCCCCUUCACUGUGGCCAUCCAGAGUUUGAGGUUUUCUGCAGCAGCUUCAGCAACAAGACCAUGAUGAAGCUUUCCUCAUCGUCAGGAUUCUUUCUAAUACAAACAAUCGAUUACGAGAGACAACAGUUUCGUGUGUAUGAUGAGGAUGGUUGCCUCCCGAGACGCCUUCUUAAUUUUACUCUCUCCGUCUCACUCUUUCCACCAGCAAAUUUGAUUGAAGAUUGCUGUUUUUACGAGUACGAAAACAAUUUGUGGAACAUGACGUUGUUAAAUUGUACCCAGGCACAAGAUCUCAGGUACAGCUUUCCGAUCUCAUGUCUCAGUGUCCCAGGGCAUUAUCAAAUUCUGGCUGUUAAGAAUUUUACUUUGAAUGACUUGCCGGUAGGCAGUGAUUGCUAUACUUUGUCAGAAUUCUUUCUUCCAGUUCAAAAAACACAGGAAGAUCCGUGUGGCUGUGAACUAGCCAAUGGUCUUUUCCUGGAAUGGAGAGAUUUCCCAGAAUGUCAAGUCAUGAAGUGUUAUCCCACUCACAUUCAGACUCACAUUCACAGUCACAUUACCAUACAAAAACACAAAGGUCUAUCAACUAGGUUUAUUGUCAUGGGAGUGAGUGUAUGUGGGUUUGUUGUCUUGUCAACUACGGCGGUAGCCAUCUUUUACCAUUUAAAGCAAUCAAUAAAGAGGAAAGAGGAAAAGGAGAAUCAAAGAAAGAUUGAAAAGUUCCUAGAUGAUCACAAGUCCCAUGUACCAACAAGAUACUCCUAUGCUGAUAUAAAGAAGAUGACAAAUGGAUUCAAGAAGAAGUUGGGUGAAGGAGGUUUUGGAAGUGUUUUCAGUGGAAAGCUUCCCAGUAAUGGAGUGCCAAUUGCUGUAAAAGUCCUCAAGGAUUCUAAAGGAAGUGGAGAAGAUUUUGUUAACGAAGUGGGAACCAUUGGCAGGAUUCACCAUGUAAACGUGGUUCCCCUACUUGGGUUUUCAGCUGAAGGAGGGAACCGUGCUCUUAUUUACGAGCUCAUGCCAAACAGGUCCCUAGAGAAGUUCAUCAAGUCUAGAGGAUCAAAUAAUAGCAGCAGUUCAUUUAACUGGGAGAAACUUUGCAACAUCAUCACAGGUAUAGCAAAGGGAAUCGAGUACCUUCACCAAGGGUGUGACCAGAGGAUUCUCCACUUUGAUAUCAAGCCUCACAAUAUCUUGUUAGACCAUGCCUUUAAUCCGAAAAUUUCUGAUUUUGGUAUGGCUAAACUCUGUUCCAAGGAAGAUAGUGUUAUAUCUAUGACUGCUGCCAGAGGCACUAUGGGCUACAUUGCACCUGAAGUAUUUAAUGGCAACUUUGGCACUGUCUCCUACAAAUCGGAUGUGUAUAGUUUUGGGAUGCUGGUGCUUGAAGUUAUUGGAGCCAGGAAGGAAACUGCUGUUACAUCUAGCGACAACGAGGCUUAUUUUCCUCAAUUGAUUUAUAAGUUGAUCCAAGGAGAAGAGAUGGAUUUGGAGCUAGCUGAUGAUGGAGAUGCUCAGAUUGCUAAGAGAUUAGCAAUUGUGGCACUUUGGUGCAUCCAGUGGUACCCGGUGAGUCGCCCUUCCAUGAAAGGAGUUGUUAGAAUGCUGGAAGGACCCUCUGAAAGCUUGAUCAUGCCACCCAAUCCGUUUGGUUCCAUAACUCCGACGGGACCAACAACAACCCCAUCAAGUUAAUUAGAAACAAUGUUAAGUGAUUUCACAGAUGCUUGUCUACAUGCCUGCAUUCUAAAGGUUUACUGGUGUUGAUCCUAAAAUAAUCCACUGCAAAAUAGUUUUUGUUAAAUUGUAUCUCAGUCAGUGUUUCAAUAUUUGUUACUAGAUAUCAGUUAAUAAAUGACUACUUCAGAGAAAGGAAAAUUC